GUCACAUUUUCACACGAGAAAUAAAACAUUUCUUUAGUUUUUAACAAAACUCAAUUUCAUUUAGAAAACAAAACAAGCGGCGAAAACAUGGCAAAAAGGGCAGCGUCGACUGCUUUCGAUUUAGAAGGUGAACCUGAUGAAAAGCGUGUGACCAAGAAAGAGGGAAAGAAGCAUUCAUUGGAUUCUGACGAGGAAGACAGCGGUGCUGAAGAAGAGAGGAACAAUGUUCUUAAUGCUGAUGACAUUGAAGGGGAGGAAGAAGGUGUAGCGGCGAUCGAAGGUGAAAUCACAAUCACACCAUUCAACAUGAAAGAGGAGUUGGAAGAAGGUCAUUUUGACAACCAAGGUCAAUAUCACUGGAAAAAAGAGAAAGAAAUCAGAGAUGGCUGGCUAGACAACAUUGACUGGGUGAAGGUGAAAGGCAGGCCUGAAGACAAGUACAAGGUGCACAGGGAUGAUGAAAAUAAAGGACUUGGUGAUGAGUCUAGCAGUGAAGAGGAAGAGAUGGCAGAGAAGUUUGACUUGUAUGACAAUUAUAAGGAAAUACUGGAGCAUAUGAAGCCAAGAGAAACAAUUGCAAAAGCUUUACAGAGACUGGGUGCUGGUUCAAAAAUGUCAAGUGCAGAAAGAUGGAAAAGGAAGAAGGCGGGAAUAGUUGAUGAGGGAAGCAAAACUGUCACCAGAGUCACAGAGCUUGCCAAUCAGAUACUUACCAAAACAGGCAACAUGGACAUUUACCAAGAGACUUAUGAAAAGAUCAGUGCCAUCAUAUCCAAGAAUGAAAGUAAAAAGGAUGAUGCAAAUUUAGACAUGUAUGCUGAUGACUUUGAUCAGAAAGAAAAGCAAAAUCUCAACAAGGAAGGCAGCAGUGAAGAUACUAAAACUGAAAAUACAGAAGAUGAUGAUGCACCCAAAGAAGUUAAAUGGGAGUUCAAAUGGAAACAAGAUGAUGAUGCUGAGCUAUCAGGGCCACAUUCCACAGAGCAAAUGCAAAAAUGGGCAUCAGAAGGAUAUUUCAAAACUGGUGUGUGGGUGAGGAAGCAUGGAGAAGACAGUCAAUUCUACAGUUCAAAUAGAAUGGACUUUGAAUUGUAUUUGUGAUGUCAAUAAAUCAGUACAAUACUGUA